CAGCAGCAGAAGAAAGGCACUGAGGUGAUCACUGUCACUGUCAAGAGUUUCCUGGAUGAGCUGAUGUCGACUGAGAACAAGAAGAAAGGCUGCUUCAGCACCCUGCCCAGGGACCCGGCCUGCCCCACGGAGAGGAUCUUCUGGUUCACGCUCAGCCAGUGCCCGAGGAAGGUAAAUGUGAUGGGACCUGGCUCCUACAACCCAAAGCCCAUUGAGAAAUCAGCAUACUGCAGCCAAGCCCCAUCCUGGUCAACUGCCAAGAGGUUCAACAGAAAUUUCUACCAACUCUUUACUGGGAAUGAGAUGAGUGAGCGGCACGUUACAGAGCCAGUGCAGAACCCUGUAGGUGUUGGUCGCUAUGACAUCUCCAAGCAUGAAAAAUACCCUCAGAAGAUAAGAUACCAGUCCCUGUACCAGUGUGAUGCCCAGCGGUACCUGAGCAACAUGAAGCGGGAUGCCUACUUGCUGGAGCGGCUCAAGCCUGUUGCUAAAACCAACUGGUGUGAUUUGAUUUCUGCUCCACGUUGUCCAGAUACCUCUGAAGAAAUCACUUUUCCAAAAUGUGUCUUCGGGCAGAGAUAA